UACAWGUGAUUCUGUGUUGAAACUGAGAAUUGGCGCGUUGCUCACUGCCGCACUUUUUUUUCCAAAAGCGUUCGGACCACAAUUUUUGGUUUUUUCUCUCCGAACACUUCGUAAAAUAGGAUAAAUUUAAACAUGAAGGUCUCCCAAGCUAUUCUCUCUGUUGUUCUCGGCUUUGCCGUAGCUGCUCAUGCUCAAGAUGUUGGCGUGAGUACACCAAUGUUGUGGAAUGUUCUUUUCUGUCUUCUAASGUUCAGACCAUGCGCUUUCCCCUGUGGGCCUCCCUUUGUGAUAUCGGCGGUCGAGCUCCACAAACGUCUCACCACUGCAAUCCACCACUCUUUGUUUCUAUUUCGUUUUUCCCAGACCAACACYGUUCGUAUUCUCAAGAAGAGCAAGGGAACCAAGAAAACCAAGGCUCCCACAAUGGCGCCUACCAAGGSCACCAAGAAGAAGAUGCCGCCAACCGCAGCACCAACCGCCGCCCCCACCGCCGCCCCCACUGCUGCCCCAACCGCCCCCCCCACGACGACUACCGCUCCACCGACCGUCAGUAGCACAUCAACGUCUACCUCCUCCACUACUGGAGAACCCUUCCCCAGUUCUACUCCGAGCGAAUUUCCAAGUGCUUCUCCGAGCGACGUUCCCAGUGCCUCCCCGAGUGAAUCCCCUUCGGCCUCUCCCAGUGCCUCUCCUUCGGAUUCCCCCAGUGCCGCUCCUUCCGCCUCNUAACCCACCAACGCAGUCUAUACUUAGUAACACUAGAGUUCCUGGGAAACCACGCGAUGGGCUCGUUACAGAGGCUGUUUCGUGUAAGGAAACAGCUUAAUGACCAUCGAAGUUGGUUUUUUAAGAUUAACACUACUGUAAUUGCAUAUUUUCUAUUUUCAAUAAAUUCYAAAAAUUGAG